AUGGAUUCUUCGACUGAAUCACCUAAUAAGGUGCAAUCUGAUAUAAACCCUACAAAGGACACUAAAUCAUGGUUUCCUAGACGUCUUUCUAUUGAAGAAGGCGGCAUUGAGAGAGUGACUGAUGAAGAAAGACAUCAAAAUACGACCAAGUUCUGGAAUGCAACUACUUUCUGGUUCAGCGCAAAUAUGGCUGUUGCAACCCUGAAUAUUGGCUCUCUCGGUGGCGCACUUGGCCUGGCAUUCUGGGACAGUUUUCUAGUCAUUCUUCUCGUGAACCUCGCCAGUGAUCUCUUGCCGGCUUGGACAGCUACAUUCGGGUUGACUGGAUUGCGAAUGACGACCUUCUCGCGAUACUCAUUCGGAUACUGGGGCAACAUGCUCGUCGUCGUGUUUUCUAUGAUCGCCACCACCGGGUGGAACGCCAUCAACUCGAUCUCCGGCGCAUCGGUCCUCAACGCAUUGUCGAACGGAAAGUUUCCAACAUGGGCAGGGGUUAUCGUCAUAUGUACAUUCGUGUGGGUGAUUUGCGCGCUAGGUAUCACCUGGAUCCAUCGAUUGGAUGCGUUCAUCUGGAUUCCUCCUUUGAUUGUCUGGUGUGUUGCUGCUGGGACAGGAGCAUCUUCGUUUACUUCGGAAGCCCCUCGGGCAUUAGAAGGUGCGAAUAAGGCUGCCGCUGUUUUGACUUAUACGGCCAGUAUUUUCUCCUUUUCUGUUUCGUGGGUCAACUGUGCAGCAGAUUACAAUGUUCGCAUGCCCCAUGAUACGCCCCGAUGGCAAAUCUUCGGCGCUACAUAUGUUGGCAUCUUUUUUCCCACUGUGCUGGUGCAAUCACUUGGAGCAGCGAUGUAUAGCGGGACGGUCACGAAUCCGGAAUGGAAGGAAGCGUAUUCAUCCUCCUCAAUUGGUGGACUGCUUUCGAUGGCGUUGCAGCCCGCAGGGGGGUUCGGCAAAUUCCUCAUGGUCUUUGCAGCUCUGAGUGCGAUACCAAACAACAUCCCAAACAACUAUUCCUUCGCGCUCCAUGCACAAAAUCUCGGCUCGUGGGCCAUCAGAGUGCCCCGAGUCAUUUUGGUCACAUUCGGCUUCGUAGCGGCUAUCAUCGUUGGUUGCUGCGCCGCAAAGUACUUCGAAGAUACUUUGCAAACACUGCUAAGUGUGAUCGGAUACUGGACAGUGAUCCAUAUAACCGUGGUGCUGGAGGAGCAUUUCAUAUUUCGGCGCGGAUGGAAGGCAUAUGACUUUGAUGCUUGGAAUAACCCGGCGCUGUUAUCAUUUGGAUGGGCGGCAAUAGGAGCCUUUGCGUUCGGGUUUCUAGGAGCUGCUCUCGGAAUGAAGGUGGCAUGGUACAGUGGGCCAAUUGCAUCCUUAAUUGGGACAAAGGGGGCGAACAUCGGCCAUGAGCUCACAUUUGCGUUUUCUGGCCUUGUAUUCCCCGUUUUUCGCUGGAUUGAGAAGCGAUAUGGGGGCCAGUGA